ACACAUAUACACUGUAAAUAUAAUCCAUUAUUUCUCCAUGCUUGCUGUGGAUAUUAGUUGGAGGGAAGAAAGCACAACAACUUAAGGAGAAGAUGUAAAAAAAGGUAUGAGAAAAGAGGAGUUUGCGCUAAUACGUACGAGUUUGRACCAUCACUUUCAUCUUUGUGUAUUUGAAGAUUGGUAGCCUUUACAUAUCUAUAACAGAAGAAAUUGAAARUUUUGAACAAGAAUUUUUCUGAGUAAACUUCCAGGCUUGCAUGUGGUCAUAACAGAAUAAACUAGAAGUUAAGACACUAUAAUACGCAAGAGUUUUGGCGCCGAAAARGGUGGAYGRGCUGCUGAAUACUGAGUGAAACUCGAAUAACUUCUCGGUCGUGCCGUUCUGCCGCCAUUCAACCUGACCCAUUGAGAUUGUAUCAAAGUCUAGAAGAGGAAAAUCCUUCGCACAUUAUAAAGUUUCCGCUCAUUUUUGUUGGGUUUCUUAUCGAAAGUACAUCUGAUACAAUCUUACGUAACAAACACACGUACUCAGUAGAUCCCGCUACGUACACGUCCAAUUACACGCAGCCAAGACGCAAGAGAAUAGGAACAUUUUACUUGAAAAUUGUCUUCAGUUCAUCAGUCGUUGAUAUACUGCAAGGUGCCUGCGAAGUUUUUGAUGAAGAAGAGUUUAUUUUUUAUUUUUCUAACUUAUUUCAUGGAAUCGUGACCUGAGGCUUGAUAGAUAUAAUCUUUCUCUAUUKGCGAUAUAUUUCCUUCGCACUGCUGCUUCAUUCUGAACACAGCCGGGGUUAAUAAAUAUAGAGCGAAAACCAAGAUUCUCUUCUCAAAUCCAUCAAAUCUGUAUUUGACGAACAGAAUGGAAAAACAAUAUAAACAUUUUUUGAAUGGUUACCGUUUGAAUGAUAAACAAAUAUCGAAUGGAACCUGUUGUUAUUAACUUACUUAACCAACUUGGUCAAGAGCGCAUGCGCCACUCAAGAGAGCAUUAACCCUGAAGAAAACCAAGCUGAAGCGUCAAGAUYACAGUUUUGAAGAACAAAGUCAUACGGUCCUCAAGAAAAAACGACUUAGGCAAGGAAUGCAAAGCAGAGGUUAUAAAAAUACAUGAACUCAAGUGCCUAGCUGUAGGAUMUUAAGUCGGUGAUAGGGGUUUAAAGCAUGGUAUAAAGUGAUCUAAAGAUUGUCAUCAAAAUUUACUGAAGAACUUGAUAAACUAAAGGCACAAAGGAAAAGKGAGUUUUGUCAGAAACAGAAACUAACUGUACGAGAACAUCACUGAAUCAAGCACAGAAAAUAAAGACUAGCAAGAAAAGGAGCCUCGUGAGUUGACUGAGGGAUGACAGCCACCGAAUAGUCAAUCACUCCUUCAAAAGCAAACACAAAAACCUUUCAGAUAAAAAGUACUGUGAAAGUAAAAAGGCCAAACUACGUUGAGAAAAAAGACACAUCGAGGAGAAGUUAUUUGACUGGCACRCCGCGAAGGUGGGAAAGUACUCCUUUAAAAGCUGACAGAAAAAGAAAGUACAUAAAAUUUGAAUCAACAUUGAAAAGUGACAUUCAUAUACGUUAUGAGUAUAUGUUAUGAAGAAACCUGACUCAUUUGUUUCAUAAUGCAUUCAAUACUGAACCUCUACAUCACGACAGUGUUUGUGAUUCUGAUAUUGUUAUCUGGAGUUUUCUGCAAUAUUUUCAUGGUCUUUGUGAUAUUCAAGAGCCCACGCCUAAAGGGUGAAAAUCAUGUUUUGAUCGCAAACCUCGCAAUUGCAGACCUUCUACAAUCUCUAAACAUGUCGUUCAUGUUAGCAACGCUGUUUAACGGYGGUCAGUGGCUUCUCGACAACGUUACGUGUCAAAUCAAUGCGUUUCUUAUCAUGGAGUUCCUGCUUGCCGCGAUGUUUACGAUCUGYGCGAUAAGCGUCAAUCGUUACGUAAAGAUCGUGAAACCACGUUGGUAYUCACGUAUUUUUAACGAGGAAACUAUCUGUAAGAUCAUUAUGACGAUAUGGCUKCUGCCACUAGUGUUUGCUAUCCCACCCCUUCUAGGGUGGUCUAAGUAUAGUUUUGACCCUGGAAAAUGUAUUUGCUUCUUUAAGCCUGAUCACGUGGGGUCCUAUGGUCUUGUCAUAGGGAUCGUUACCAUGGGAAUCACAGUACCCAUAAUCCUCUACUGCUAUUUUUGGGUAUUCAAAGUCGUAGGAGUUCAUUCAGAUCGAAUGGAAAAGCUUCGUAGCCGACGUAGUUCCGAAAUUUCAUCGCACAUCGAAGAAAUCCGGAUCACACGCACAUUAUUAAUUGUCAUGGCAACGUUUAUGCUAUGUUUUUUACCGGGYACGGUUGUCAUAGUGAUUCAGGUUACAACGGAUCAGCAUACGGUGCCCCCAUGGGCUGAGCUUAUGGGGAUGAUGUGCGCGUUUGCUAACCAAGCCAUCGAUCCAAUCAUCUACGGCUUUUAUAAUACGCAGUAUCGACGCGCCAUGGUACGUUUAUGGUCACGUAAGCCCUUGCGUAAAAACGCUUAUGUUAACUCUACGGAAGCAAAUAUGCAGCAUUCCAUUACGAUCCACGGUAGAUAUUCCGUAGGCGGUGCGUUACUUGUACUUUUUAUCGCUACGGAAAAUGAAUUAUUACGGCAUAAUGCUAUAGCUGCUAGUGCCAAUAUGGGAUUGAAAAGACUUAGACUGCAGCCUACGGAASCGCAAGACGACGUUACGAACGAUAAACUGAACGAUGUAGAAUCUYCAAACUCUGACGAUGAAGAAAUGAAUUAAGCAAUUUGAUCCAAAAGAUUGGGCUUCCUGUAUAAUUGAUAACGGCAAUCCCACGCGUUGAAUCUCGUACCCGCGGGUCCAGUAUAUACACUAUUGCGUAAACACUGCGUAAUUUGACAAAGUACACUCAGUAUGUCGCAUUUCCCUCGGGAGUUUGUCUGAGGGGUACGAGAAUCCAGGCAGGUUUUCUGUCGGGUUUCCUGUGUAAGGGGACAAGUGAAAGAACAGGCUCAGAUAGAUUCAAUGUUGUCAUAGCAACACUGCUAUGACUUUAAUAGUUGAUUAAUUUACAGAUACCUCUGCAAACUUGUGAAUUAUUUGCUUAAGUUAAAUUAAAGAUCAAUCGAGUAAAUUUGAC